AUGAGCCAUCAAGCCAACCAGCCGCCUGCUCCCAACCUGCUGAGCCAGCUCACGGCGCGCCUGUCGGAAUAUGGCUCCAACGCCUCCAGCAACAUAGCAGAAGGCUUCAACCAAAUGACCCCGCAGGCGUGGAUCCGCGUGGUCGUCAUUGCCGGCGGAUGGAUGCUCCUCCGGCCGUACAUCCAGAGGGCCGUCGCCAAGGGGGCCGUCGAGAAGAUGGAGAGGGAUGACCGCCGGGCGCGCGGCGAGCGCGGCGAACCGCCGCCUCACCCGGACCUCACGCCCAACGAGUACCGCGGCAUCAAGGAGCGGUUGUACGCGCACGACGACGACGACGACGACGACGGGGGCGCGGACGGCUCGGGCGCGGACUGGGGCCAGAAGGCGCGCGUGCGGCAGCGGCAGAUGCUGCGGGAGCUGUUGGAGGAGGAUGAGCGACGGAGGGCGGCACAGGAUGAGGAUGCUGAUAUCCAGGAGUUUCUGGAGGAUUGA